CCGCCCCCCAAGUCUUUUGGAAGACCACAAUGAGGCUGUGGAACCUUGGCGUUGCCGCAUUCGAUAUCGUCCCGCUCGUAUUGUUAUGCGUCGGUACGCAGCUUCUCACAAAUCACUCUGCACUUCGCUGCGAACGUGUCUGUUGCGAUGCAGCGUUGAAGUCGGACGAAUGGCUACGUCAACAUGAGUUUGGCUACGUCAUGGACUCUAAAUUUGCCUCGGGCUUCCUCGCAUCGGGCGUCGUGCUCCUCCUCAUGUCAAUCUGCUGCAAGUGAGUACACGUGAGGGUUAGCUCCUUCACAGCUUUCAUGCAGACACAUUCAUGGAUUCGAAUUCCGCGUCUGCAUGACUUCCUGCCUGCAGCGUCUACACGUCAUACACCGAAGGUGGGCUGACUGCACACUCCGGGCUGGACAUUCAUCCAUCAUUCAUUUCUCUGUCUCUUUCUCUUCACCCUCCGCGCCGGGCGCAAAGAUAUGCGGGUUGUGGCGCUGUCCUUUGCCGGCGCAAUUUUCCAUCUCUGCGUCUCAUUGGUGAUGUUCCUUGCGACUGCCACAUUCUUUUCCCUCGGCCUGAUCAUCACAUGGUUUAUCCCAUGUCUUCCGCAACACUGGGACCUUCCUGAAUUCUACCACACCGUCGUCACCUCCGGCUUCUUUUGUACGGCACACGGAGGAAUAGAAGAGGCCGCCGGGGCGAGAAUCGACCUGCAGCGUCUAGCUCAGCCCGAUGCAGACGAUGUGCCUGAUGUAGAUACAAAAGGGAAAUCUAGCGGCGGUACAACAGAGAGACCAAGAAGGAUGCACUUAUUCGUGGGAGUGUGUAUUCAGAGGCAGCCGGGGCGGCCGCUAUUGCAAGUAUAUACAUAGUAUUGUAUCUCAUCGGCAAAUUCCUUGCUUGGGUCUAUCACCUCGACUGGACGCAACCCGCGCUUCUCCUCGUCCGGCCAUGCAAGUGGCUGGCAAACGUCUUCUUCGUCACAGGUAGGCAAGGCGUGGAUAAUCAUAAAUGUGUCUCAUGGUGUGUCUCCCACAGGUUUCAUAUUCUGGCUGGUGUUUGCGGCCGCCGAGGUCAAGACGGAUGGAGGGCCAUCCAAGAUCGAAAUGGGCGAGGCCAGCAGAAUAGGUGAGUGCAUACUGAGCAGAACGAUUACACGAUGUGCGAUUGUGUGCAUCGAUGACUACAGCGGUGGCGGGUAUUGCUCUGACCAUGGCCUCAUUGGCAGUCGAGUAUUGGCAGCUGAGAAGCAAGGGCAAACCCGUCAUUGACGUCAGUAAGCUGGAUGAAGAAGUGCUUGACCAGUCAGCCAACGAGUGAGCUCAAGUGAGACCGAGGGAGGACAAGGAAAAAGGAGGGAGGGAGUCUGCGUGUAGGUUGGUAGAAGUAAUUGCUCGUCUGCUUUUGUUUCUGUAAGACUGAGUGAGCAAGAGACGUCUGUGGACUAAGGACCGCCAUAUGUCAUAUCCGCUUCACUGAGUCUUUCUCC